GCCCCGCCUUUUCUUACACACAAAAUGGCGGCGACCUCUGAGAACAACGGUGCGGUGGAGAGGGACGUGCCGAGCGCCGUGUCCCUCCUCAGCAGCCUCACGCAACAGGUGGCUGCGGUGACGAGUCAUGUGCAGAGUUUAAUCAAAAGGCUUCAAGAUGGAGUGCAUCCAACUGCUAAGGGUUUGUCCUUUCUGGACUUGCGCUACCAGCUGCUGCUCUUCUACCUCCAAGAUGUCACUCACCUCAUCAGCCUCAAGGCGGAGGGAAGCAGCAUAAAGGACAGCGGUGCCCUUCACAGGCUGGUCGCUGUUAGAACGGUUCUGGAGAAGAUGCGUCCCCUGGAUCAGAAGAUGCGAUACCAAGUGGAUAAGCUGGUGCGUACAGCGGUGACUGGGAGCUUAGCUGCAAAUGAUCCUCUGCAGUUCCGUCCCAACCCUGAGAAUCUCAUAAGCAAACUCAGUGAAUCCGAAGAGUCGGAGGAUGAGGGAGGAGCUGCAGCAGAGCGGAGUGGCUCGAAAGCGCCCCCUGGUGCCAGCAAGAAAUACAUACCCCCCAGGAUUGCCCCAGUGCAUUAUGAGGGAGACAUGACCGAGGCAGACCGGCAGAAGGAGAUAGCCGACAAGCGGAGGCGCGCAGCCCUGCGCAGCUCCGUCAUCCAGGAGCUCCGGCAGCAAUACAGCGACGCCCCCGAAGAGAUUCGGGACCGAAGAGACUUUCAGACAGAGAGGGAGAGCCGUGAAGAACUACACAGGAAGCAGUAUGAGGAGUCCAUGAUGGUGCGUCUGGCUGUGACUCGCCAGGAGAAGAGCGCUCGGAAGAGGGGCAUGAAGGGAAUGUCCUCUCAGCUCAGCAGCAUCACGAGAUUUAGUGACAUCACUGCACUGACAGGAGGAGAUGAACCGGAGAUUGAUGCCAUUCAGCCCAAGAAAAAGAAACAACUGAAGAAGAAAAAAAAGCGAGCUUUCAGGGUCCGGCGCUAGAACUGGCUGCUGAAGUUCAUGGUCCGAGGACAACUGUGGUGUUCACGUGAACAUUAGCUGGCGGCACACGUUGGACUGGAUGUUUUCUGUGCCAUGAUCAUAUCCAGUUUGGGUUUUUCUGAAAGUUUGUUCUAAUAAAUGUCAUCUUCAAACCA